AUGAAGUUCGCCGCUGCCACCGUCCUUGCCAUCGCUGCCCUCGUCCAGGGAGCCAGCAUCACCCGCCGCCAAACCCUUGACCAGAUUCACUGCUCAAUCCCAUGCAUCAAGGACGUCACCGAUACCGCUGAAUGCCAAGGAAAUCUUGCACAAUGCUUCUGCGACUCUGCCGACACCAUCAAGGAGCAAGCUGGUGAAUGCGUAACCGGGUGUGGUAUCGAUGAAGACAAACAGAACCAGAUUUUGGACGGCGCAAAGGCCCUGUGCACUAAUCCAGAUGACGACGAGUCCACAGAAUCGUGCGCUAUUUAUUGCACAUCGAGCGUUACGGAGAGCAUUGAAUGCGGUGGUGACACUCUCACGAACUGCAUUUGCAACAAUCUCGAUAAACUCACGGACGAAUCUAAGCUCUGCCUUGCCGAUUGUGGCAUUACUGACAAUACUCAACAGCAGAUUCUGCUUGGUGCCAAGGCCCUUUGCGAGCAGAAGCAGGAAUAG